UCGACGGCCACCGGAGCCAAAGCCGACGAUUGGCAAUGGAUUCGUACGGUUCUGAAGAGCGGCACUUUGACCGACAAACUGUCCGCACAUACAGUACUCAUACAGGACUCAGCCGUUCAUAAUCUCCGUUCGUUGGAACAGAUGCUGGGAAUGGUGUCAAACAAAGCCAAACGCGAGUGCAUACUAGCGGUGGACACUCUUCGCGACCUAUUGAUCGGAGAUCUGCUGAUUCCGGACCGAAAGCUGCGGACAUUUGCCGAAUUAGUUCAACUGUUUGACGAUAAACGGGGCAAAAGAGAGCGCAAAUCUCGGGCCAGACAUCUGAUUGUAUGCCUGUUUGAGGAUCGACUCAAACAGUUGUACCGCCAGUUCAUUGACAGUGUUGUGGCCGUCGGUCACGACCCGCUCGAGACCACUAAACAUAAGUCUUUGACGACAGUGUUUGACCUUCUGGUGAAUAACGCCGAACAGGAACAGUACCUGUUGUCCCAAUUGUGCAACAAAUUGGGCGAUCCGUUGCCCCGUAUGGCCGCCCAAAGCGCGCAUUUACUGAACCAACUGAUCAAUCGUCACCACCCGAUGAUGAAGCCUGUGGUAGUCGAUGAGGUGGAGCGCGUGCUCUACCGGCCCAACAUCGGCGCCCGCGCGCAGUACUACGGCCUCUGCUUUCUGAGUGAAGUGAUCUUCGCGACCGGCGAUCACUCGCUGCCCAAUCGACUCAUUGGACUGUAUUUCGGCUUUUUUAAGUCGUGUUGUCGUCGCGGAGACAUCGAGAACAAGAUGAUGAGUGUUCUCUUGACGGGAGUGAGCCGUGCCUUUCCCUACUCUAAACUGGACACCACUCUAAUGGAGGAUCAUUUGCAGACAUUCUAUAAGCUGAUCCAUUUCGUCAACGAGAACACCGCUAUACAGGCGUUGUGUCUCAUAUUCAAUAUACUCGAUGUCCAACAGACGGGAACUCUUACCGAUCGGUUCUAUUCGGUACUCUAUCGGCAACUGUUGGACGUACAGCUCGAUCGGUGCAGUCGACAGGCGAUGCUCUUGAAUCUGGUUUAUAGGGCUAUGAAACGGGAUCCGGUCUUAAGGCGUGUCAAAGCUUUUGUUAAACGACUUCUUCAGAUAGCGUUAACCCAAUCGUCAUCAGUGGCCACAUCUAUAUUACUGUUGAUAUCGGAAGUGAUUCAAUCGAAACCGGGUUUAGUAUUGCAUCGAGAAGUGACGGAACCGUUGCCCGUCAGCAACAAUACCGUCGCUAACGGAGUGGAUGCGAAUGAGUCGGACGAUGAGGAGCACUACGAAGACGUGCCGCUCAGCGAUGACGAAGAGAUGGACGGAAAUGUGGCCAACAGUGAGCCAGAGGUGGAGACGAUGGCCGCUGACCAGAAGAAACCGGCCGUUUCGUGGGUUCACAACCGAAAUCUGGACACAAAUCGACCAAAGAGUAGCCAAUACGACCCGAGCGCUCGUAACCCGUUGUUCGCCAGCGCCGACCAGACAGCCCUCUGGGAGUUGACUCUUAUGCUACAGAAUUUUCAUCCGUCGACUCAAUUGUUUGCCCAAAAGAUUGUGGAUAACGAACGCGUCGACUAUUCGGGCGAUCCGUUGACCGAUUUUUCGGUGAAACGCUUUUUGGAUAAAUUCGCGUUUAGAAAUCCCAAGAAGUUGGAGAAAAAGUUGGCCAAAACAUCGACACAAAGUCGCGUUUUUGGUCGAUUGCAAGCGCCCGACAGCACCGGUGACGGCGAUCCGACUGCCGUACGGCCCGAUAUUAAUAGCAAAGAUUAUGUGAACCAAUCGGCCACUCGAGUGCCAUUAGACGAGAUGUUUAUUUAUAAUUAUCUGAAACAAAGACAAUCGAUGGCCAGUCAAGAGGCCGACGACGACGCCGAUAGUGUCACGAGACGCAAUAAACAGGGUUUCGAUCGCAUGACGAACGCUGUGUUCGCGUCGGCCGACGAGUUCGCGGAACUGCUCGACGAUAAUGAA